GCUAAAGGAAAGGGAAUAUUAAAUAACUUGAGAUCGCGUGGACCAUGGGGGCAUGCGGUGGUUCGUGGUUGGACAUAAACCAAAGAAAAUUUAUCGACCGACCGCUGACCAAAUAACAUCUCCUUGUGGUUGGUUGCUCACCGCCUGAUUGCGAUUCCCGCUUAAAUCGACACUCUGCCUCCGUCGCUCGAAUCUCCGGCAAUAGAAUCUCACGGUUUCGCUAAAUCACAGCCGGGUGCUUUGGUCGGGAUCUUCCCUUUUGGCCAUGGACGUUACAGGACAAGCAGAGAAGAAAGAGGUUUCAAAGACUGUAAACGACGACCUUUCAUCAGUCGAGAUCAAAGUGUUGUUAUUCGCCAGAGCGCGUGAGCUCACGGGUGUGCCUGAGUUAACACUGAAGAUGCCAUCAGGUAGUACAACAAAGAAAUGUAUGGACGAGUUGGUCGUCAAGUUUCCAAAGUUAGAAGAGGUACGCAGCUGUGUGGUUCUUGCUUUGAACGAGGAAUAUACAACUGACUCAGCCAUUGUUAAGCACAGAGAUGAGUUAGCCAUCAUACCUCCUAUAAGUGGUGGCUAAUGCCUUUUUUUUUGUAUAUGUAACUAAAUCCUUUUAUCGUUGGGGUUUUGUAUUUUCAUUGGAAAUAAAAUUAUAAAUGUGACAGUUAAAAGA